AAGAAAGAAAGAAAGAAAGGACUAAGUGAAUAUGUGAACUGAGAGAAAUAAAAUAAUAAAAUAUACGUGGAUGAGUAUGGUUUAUCGCCUCCCAAAACAAGCCAGCAGCCCCUGGGUAAUAAAAAUGUACUAUCUGUCAUAGUAAAUUAUAAAUAUUGGUCUUCGCCUUGCUGCAGUCUCCUGAUUAUGCUCAAUGGUCUGCCUCUGACAAUUAUGAAGCCAUUAACACGGUGUGUAUGUGCACGUGUGCAUGUAUGUAUGCGCAGGAUGGGAAGCAGGAGAGGAGAGCAGGCGAGAGACUCCAUGGCUGCUUAUUUGAGAAAAUAUCGGGUUUUUAUGGCCUUGAUGGCUCCAGCGCCAUACAGCUUCAGCUCUGUGAGCUCUCAGACAUCAAAUCUACAUGUUUGCUGCACAUCUGCUUGUCUGUUUGAGACAUUUCUGACCGGUAUGAACACAACGAACAGGCAGGGGAGAUAAUAUAUGGAAGAAAUUAAGAUACACUAUAAAAAGCUGGGUUUCUGAGGCUCGGUUAGCGCACACGCACACGCACGCACACACACAGACACACACACACACACACACACACACACACACACACGCAUCUUGGGUUUCAAGGGGGCAGCUCCUUUACAGGCCACCAGAUGAGGAGAGGAUUAUAAGAGGCCUUACCACCAAUCCCAUCCAGCAUGUCAGCAAGGGAAGACCACCAGCCGGAUACAGGAGUCCCACGGGACAGGAUUAGGAGUAGGAACACACACACCCACACACGAACACAAUCACUCACCACAGGCCUAGUAGAAGCCUCUGUCGAGACCCUGCAGGGAACAUCAUUCAACAGCCACAAACCGAUUUCAGCCUAUUAUGCCUUAGGCUCUAAUGACUGAUGGAGCAGUGGCACAGUAACGUGGUCUUCCUCUCUUUGUGCAUCCGAUAACCCUUAGUGUUGUACAUAAAUAUUACACAGAGGCAACGUAAUGUGCGAAGAACUCGCAAGCUCUACUGUGAAUAUCCACCUUCAAGUAAAAUCAUAUAAUGUGAUGGUAUAAUCAGAAAAACCCCAUUCUGAGAGUCACGGCCGUUAGUUAUUAAAUGGCUGUUGCACAGUAUUGCAUUGUAUUUGACGGGCCUGUCCACUCCCAUUAUUGAGCAGCAGACACAAAGCAACACACCGUGGAGGCACUAACAGCAAUAUGAAGCAUCAUCUUUUAUUUUUUUUAUAAUAUGAUGACACACAAAGAAAUAAAAUGUCCACUUGGAAACGCAAGCAGCGGUUUUCUAACAAAUAAUUCAGCGCGUUUGUCUUGUAAGCGUCAUUAGACAACGGUCCGCGGCGAUAUCAGUGAGGUUAAUUAUCACUCUCGCGCACGCGUUCAUUUUUCCUACGCAAACUGCUUUUUACCGGGGCCUUGCGGAGCUCAGUCGCGGACCCCUCGGAGCCCCCCGAGCCGCAGCUUGAGAACCGCUGCACUACGGGGCAAGCGCUUCGGCAGGAAGGAGACGUGGACGAAGGAGACGAAGGGAGAGAAGGAGGAAGCAAGGCGAGGGAGGGAGGAGAGGAGGAGAGGAGAGGUGAGAGGUGGCGGCACAGUGAGUCGCACAGGAUGCUGAUGCUGCUGCAUAGGCUCCGUCGCUCCAUCCCUCCCUCGGAGAGGAUGGAAAAAACAAGGAGUGGUUAUGUGAUCCCCCACCAGCAGCAGGGAGACGCGCACCGGAGAGAAAGGAAUAGCGGGGAGGGGGGCGUUUCCCCGCGCAGCCUUCGCCUAUUCUCACACUUCAGCGGGGAUACGAUGCGUGGCAUGUGGAGCGGCUUCUUCGGGGGCUGCGCUGACAGAAGGGCGCAGAAAGCGAUGUCGCUGAUGUGGACGGUGAAGGUGGUCGGUCUCGGGGCGGUGGCCCUCUCUCUCAGUCUGGAGGCUCUCGCGUGGCUCCACCGCCGCCUCAGGCCAGGAAAGAUCCUCAAUGAGGUCCUGUUCUUCCCCUCAGAGACGGCCUGCGUGCAGCACAUCUUCACUCCCCCUUCUCCGUAUUCCUGCUUCUGCUCGUUGCCUCAUGGGGUAGAGACGUCUUUCUCCCGUCUUCUUUCCUACCUCAUGUCUGCCUCCUCCUCCCUAGACCUUUGCGUGUUCGCCUUUUCCAACAUGGAUCUCUGUAGAGCUGUAGUCGCACUUCAUCACAGGGGCGUGAACGUCCGGGUCCUCACUGACAAGGACUACAGUGCCAUCACUGGCUCUCAGAUUGGGGUCCUUCGCAAAGCUGGGAUCUGUGUGCGGAGCGAUAUCAAUUCAGUGUACAUGCAUCACAAGUUUGCAGUCGUGGACGGGAGGCUGCUCAUCACCGGCUCCCUCAACUGGACACUGACAGCAGUGCAGAGCAACAUGGAGAACGUAAUCAUUACCGAGGAGCCAGACCUGGUGCGACCCUUCAUCCAGGAAUUCCGCAGGUUAUGGAUGCAAAACGAUCCAACUCAGUAUCAUGAUUCAAGUGAACAAAAGGCUGCUCGUGUUAUGGGGGAAUCUAAUAACUAAUCAGCUCAGAUCAUCAAAUGAAUAUUGAGUUGAAGCUCAGCAUGUGCAAUUCGUUCUGCUAAUUGAGAGACACAGAGUUCCAGUAUUGAUAUGUUCCUGUUAGGAUGAGGCAGCAUUACUUUAGGUUUUGAAAGAUGAAAAAGAGGUUUGAAGCUUUAAAGUUUGUAUUUUUGAAGGUAUACAGUUUGAUUUAUUAGGUGUAUACAUUAGAGCUUUAUGGAGGUUUUGUGUUUUAUUUUUGUGUGUAUUUUAUCUUACUCUUACAAAGGUGCUGCUUGUGGUUGUGCUACCUGCCAUAACUCUAAUAUAAAAAAUAUGUACAACAUGGAGUUGUUCAAGUUUAAAAGAGAAGUCCUCUGUGUUGUGGUACAGUAGGUGAGAAUAGUUCUUGAGUUUUUAUAUCCAAGUUUUUAUUUUUCAUAAUGUGUCUCACAGUUUUUUAAAUUUGCUCUUGUCUCUACAUGUUCUUAUGUAGUCGGUUGCCAUGAUUCGGCCCCUAAGAGCUAAAGGGGCAUGUUACAGUAGAAGCGUGAGUUAAUACCUUUUUUAAGUCAAUUCACAGUUUACACUGUGCUCAUUAUAACUCAAAGCUAGUUGCUGUAAACUUUCCAGCCAUCAAGGUUGGGCUUGUGCGCUUUCACAACGGUGUUCUGCCAAUAAAAGCUCUUUCACACCGCA